CACAAACUAACCGUUAUCUCCAACUAACUGUAAGUUCCGUUAUGUCCAAUUGGGUUAAAUCCUUAUAUAGCUUACUAAAAGUACAUCGGUGUCACAGUGUGUCAGAUUGUAUUCCCCGAGAUGUUUAGACGGAGAUAUCAGACGAGCGUGGAGCGGCAGUGCAUCAAAGAGUAUGGCAUGUAACGAGCUCGUGACACGGCGGGACACACCAUGCGCGCAGCACAACCAGGCUAGGUUCGAAAGUCAGUGAAUAUUUUUUUUUUAUUGAGUGUACCAUCGCCAAAACCCACCGCAUAUACCAAAAUAGCCAACGGAAGACACCAUGACUGCCGAGUUUGGGUAUGGCGGUCUCCUCAGGCUGUUCUAUGGAUCAACUCUGUGAAGAAGACCGCCACUAUUUUUGAAGGAGUAGGGAUGUUGUUUUUGGGUUCUCUUCAAAAGGAACCAUAAAGAUACCAGAAGAAAUUUGGGUUCUCAUUAAAAUAACUUGCCGGAAGUAAGUUAGACCUGGAGAUAUCUCUGCUUUCCAACGCCCAGUGCUUCCAGUGGACAUGUUUGAGAGGAGGAAAUCCGUCAGCCAGUGAAGAUGAACCCUUACGUUACGUCUCACUUCCGGAGGGAUCUUUUCCCCCACUUCCACUUGUUGUAGUCGUUGGGUUCGGCCCUUCUGUCACUUCUUUAAGCACAUGGGUUUCCAUAUUGUUUGGCUGAGUCGUGAAUCAGGGCCCCUGACAUUCAGACCCUGACAGACUUGUUCCAAGUGUUUUGAAGGUAAAGACUUGUGACGAGCAGCACCUUUCUCCAAUGCUCGAUGCCUCAAAAAUUAUUUAAUCUCUUCACCCAACGUCCUACGAUGUGUUUUUCCCUUCUCUGUCUUUGCCCUUUUUAAUGCAUCCUAGAACUCUGCAUGCCUGAUCCAUCUAUAGAGAAUUUACUUUAUGCUUAGUGUCUUUUGAAAGUUCUUCAUUCAUAACCAGAAGCUAUCGUCUCCAGCUUCAUUUCCUACAGUCUUGGUCUCAUCCCAUCUCUCGGUCUGAUCUUGUUCACGUGAGUUCAAAUGUUCGGUUCUCCAGCCAACAAGCUAAUCAUUGUUUGGAUUAAUGCAGUAUGCUCUCUGCUAUGCUGGACUAGACCAGAUCCUGUGAAUCUGCAAGUUUUACAACCUGAUGAUCGGCGACCCUAAGACAGGAUGUCUAGGUGAUUGGUUUGCAAGCUCAGUGUUCAGCACUCAUCUAUAUCAUCCCAUAUUCUGCAAUACUUUUGCAAUGUUUUCAUCAGAACAGUCAAACAUAUCACAUCUCUUUCUCUCUUUCUUCUGAAUUGUGUGUCUUGUGUGUACUGUUUGUGUGUAAUACCCUUUUGUUCAUGUUUCUAUCUGCCCCUUGGAACUCCUUAAUCUACAGCUAUAAUGAAGGAACACUCUGAUAUCACAAAGGUAGAUAUGCUUUUGAUAAUAUGUAGCUAGCAGUUUACUGAAGUAGCAGUGGAUAUGCUCAUGUCAUCCUAUCAACAGUCAGUUAAUUAGUUUGUACCAAAACAGGAUUCAAGCAGAAGGAGGUAGUGGAUACCGUACUGUUAUAGUCGUAACCUGAAGCUACACACAAGAGUAGUGGCUGAUUUGAGAUGAACGACCAAAUGUAACAUUGAUCUCACUUGUGAAGACUGUGAUAUAACAGGUGCAGCACUGUCCGCAGUAAACUAAGACCAGGACAAUAAGUGAGUGCACAUAACACAUGUUGCAUUUCUCCAUUCAAACAUUACAUUAAUUUUACUUUCCUUAGGUGAUUGAAUGAUCAAAUAUGAGCAAAGCUACAAAUGAGUUCAACAAGUAGAUUGUAUUUUUUUUCUCUUGGUUAUUGUGUUGGUCUUAAGGAUUUGGAUUUUGGACCUUGGAUCGUAAGAAUCAGCAUGUUAAUUAGCUUGUUCUACAAUGCAUGGUAGAGGCAUCGGAAUAUAAUUCUGUUUGAGUAAAGCCUACCUUGAAUAUGUUCUAUGUCAAACAGUACCUGCUUGUUCAUUGUCCUGUGUUUGCAUGAUGUAGUAAGUGUCGUACAUAGUGCCUUACGAUGUGAACCCUUCACAUGUCUCCAUCUUUAAAUGUAUGUCCAUUAUAUAUCUCUCCACUCGGCCUGCUACCUUUCCACCCUCUAGCCUGUAGGGUAUCACAUUGGACCUUGCCAUGUCUUGCAUGCUUCUCUCGGACGUAUAUUGACUUCAGUCAAGUCCAUCUCUUACCUACAUAGUUGCAACCUGUGACUAGCAGUGUAUUGAGAAUAUCGGGAACCAUUUUCAACUUAACAAACAUUAAUCCUACAGUGAGUAUAUGGAUUUGUGGACGAUGUGGAUUUAACUAUGUCAAAACCCUUUUUGGGCUGCUGAACAUUUUCCUCCGAAACACACAUUCCUCCGGUGGGAGUUGGACGGGCAAUGGCCCUGAAUGGAAUCAUCUCAUGUUUACCAUUUGCUUAUAUGAACUCACACUCAUCAGUUCACAGGGACACCAUUUGACUACAAACACUGAUAUCUAUUGUUUUGAAGGAAAACAACCCGUUUGUUCAUUUACCCAAACAGUAUCUGACCAAGAAUUUACAGUCCAGGACAACUGGAUAGGGCUGUGCAUUCCUGAGGGACUGGGACUGGGAAUACAGAGUGCAUGAUGGGAGCAGCUCGGGUGAAGCGACGCUUCAGCGCUGUGGUUGAUGGGCCGGUAGAGGAGGAGGAGGUCAUGAGGCUGGCGCAGAGUGCUGCAGACACGGCAGGGGCCGGGGGGAGUCCCCUGAGCGCGGGGACCCCCACCAGCCCGUCCCCCACCCACAACGGCAAGGCCUCGGGCCUGCAGGGCAACAGCCACGACGCACGGAGGCCGGGCGCCUUGGAGGAGGCGGCCGGGGGAGGUGGAGCACGAGAAGGCGGGGUGAGAGGUGGGCUGUGCUCGGGGCUGCGGAGCGGGAGAGGUGGCGGUAUGGGAGGAGGAGGAGGAGGAGGAAGAGGGAAGGACUCUCUGUCCUCCCCGGCCAGCCGCCGCCCCGCCCGCCGCCCCAGCCGCCGGCCUCGGCAGCGCUUUGUGGGCAAGGACGGGCGCUGCAACGUCACCUUCGUCAACAUGAGCGAGAGGGGCCAGCGGUACCUCAGCGACCUCUUCACCACCUGCGUGGACAUCCGCUGGCGCUGGAUGCUGGUCAUCUUCACCCUCUCCUUCCUCCUCUCCUGGCUGCUCUUCGGGUUCGCCUUCUGGCUCAUCGCCUCCGCGCACGGGGACCUCUCCGUCCGCCUCGCCCCCGUCUCCGGCGGGCCCCCGGGGACCGAGGGGGCCCCGGGCACCGGGGGAGAGUCGGGCGGAGGGCCGGCGCCUGUGGUGGUGGUGUUCGAGCCGUGCUUCCUCCAGGUAAACAGCUUCAUGGCGGCCUUCCUCUUCUCGCUAGAGACUCAGACCUCCAUCGGGUACGGCUUCCGCAGCAUAACCGAGGAGUGUCCCCUGGCGGUGAUGGCCGUCGUGCUGCAAUGCAUCGUGGGCUGCAUCAUCGACGCCUUCAUCAUCGGGGCGGUCAUGGCAAAGAUCGCCAAGCCCAAGAAGCGCAACGAGACGCUGGUGUUCUCGGACGCGGCGGUGGUGGCGCUGCGGGACGGGAAACUGUGCAUGAUGUGGAGGGUGGCCAACCUGCGCAAGAGCCACCUGGUAGAGGCUCACGUGAGGGCCCAGCUGCUCAAGCCACGGGUGACCCCAGAAGGAGAGUACCUCCCGCUGGACAACGCCGACAUCAACGUGGGCUUUGACACAGGCUCCGACCGCGUCUUCCUGGUCUCCCCGGUCACCAUCGUGCACGAGAUCGACGACGAGUCGCCCUUCUACGAGAUGGACCGCAGCACGCUGGAGAAGGACUCUGAGAUGGAGGUGGUGGUGAUCCUGGAGGGCAUGGUGGAGGCCACGGCCAUGACCACGCAGUGCCGGAGCUCCUACCUGGCCUCCGAGAUCCACUGGGGACAGCGCUUCGAGCCCGUGCUAUUUGAGAGGAAAGACUGCUACCAGGUGGACUACUCCUUCUUCAACCGGACAUACGAGAUCCCCAGCACGCCGACCUGCAGCGCUAAGGAGCUGGCGGAGCAGAAGUGCAGCCAGAGCUCGUCCUUCUGCUACGAGAACGAGGUGGCCCUGCAGCUGGGGUCCCCGGACAGUGACCCCCAGAACGGCCUCCAGACCAGCAUCACCCAGCGGCCCUUCCCCUCAGAGCACCCCCACGACAACUGACUCAGUGGGGGGGGGUCGUUGGUGGGGCUUAAGGACAGAGAAACAGUAAAUAUAGGAAAGAACCCUUGAAGGAAUAAGGAAGCAGACGAGGAAUAAAUAGAAAAGCUGAGAAUUUCAGAUAUUUAAAGGAACAAUGAGGGAAGGGUAAAGAGUGAGAGUACAUUUAUUGUUAAUGUCAAGCUAUUAGGAAUUAGUUAUUUAAGGACAAGAGAGAAAAUAUAGACACAUUUUAUGUUGUCUUUAUUGAAAAUAGAGACACAUUGAAAGAGACAGGAUGGCAGACUGAAAAAGAUACAGACUCUAGUGGCAGAGAUACAGAUAAAGAUAGGCAGAGUAGGCCAGAUGGGCUAAAAGACAGAAGCGUUGGGGGUAACUCUAAUGGGGAGAUGGGUUUCUACACUGGCCCAGUUGGCUGAUUGGUCCUGGCGAUCUUGCACAAUCAUUAAACAUGCCUGUUGAGUCUCUGGCCGGCCUCUCACAAACGCAAUAUGCUCAUUUGGCUCACCAUCUAGCUGUCAGCGUAUGAAACGGCGCCCCCCGAUGACUGUAACCGUUCACUGCACUUCAAACUACUUGUUUGAUGAAAAUGUUAUUUGGAAUAUGUAUGGACUUCAGUCACAAAGAGUUUCUUCAAGGAACUUUCUCCAUAAUGAUCCUUGUAAUGUGGAUUUGAUGUUUGAAUGUUUUUUGUUACGGUAAGUAAGGCAAAUUAAUCUUCAUGUCUUGUACAAGUUGCCUAAGGUUCUGCCUGGUUUUCCAUUAAGUGGUGGACUACUUGUUAGAGCCAAUGAGAAACUGAAUCAACACAGGGAAACUUCUUGGAAAGUAGCAGCAAUUCCCAGCAGUUUCCUUUGCAUGUAAUGUACUGUUCGAGUUUAUAAACAUGUAAUGCUAAUAUGAAUAUAACAUGCAAAGGUUGGUAUUCACAUGAAUGCUGAGUGUGCACUUUAAGGGGGUAUACACUGAAAUACAGCAGUGGGGAAGAACCUGCUGUCAUUGUAUGCAUUAUUAACUGAUAAAUUAAUCAAUUUAUUGAAUAGCAUCUAAUUGCUCUUUACACUAUACAUUUCCCAGUCAUUACAAUCGUAUAUUUUUUAUUUUCCUGAGAUUGUAUAACGCCAUUGUAGGCUAAAAGGUCCAUGCCCCAGAAUUAAUUAAAGCCACGGUAAGGGCUAUUAAUUAAGAUGAAGGGAAGGGGUCGCUCCAACAGACAAUAUAAAACAAGACCAAAAACCAAAAAUUCAAAAACACAAUUUCCCAUUAACCAGUUGUGUACAUUUAAAGGGGAAAUUCGGUAACAUGAUUUCUCUUCAUGAACUGACUCAUCAAAUUGAAUUUCAAUCCUUAUUUUGGUUAGCUUCUUGGUUUAUGUCCAUCUCACAACAUGUGAGAGAACAGUGGGCGGUGCCUUUAAAUCAAGAUAAUUACCAUACCUUAUUUUGUACUGGACCCUGGUGGAUGGCAGUACAGUCUGUUUAUGCUUUUGAACAUAUUAACUAUUUUGUAUUGUGUGAAGUAGGAGGUCUGUUAGUCAUCUUGGAAUAGGCCUACAUUAGGCAGAAUAAAUCUUAUAUUAUUCAAAUUGGUUGCAAAUUUGGUUCUAUAUACUUGCUUGAUCAUUCUUAUCUAAAUGAUGUGUUUUAUAAAGUGGAUUAUUUGGGAUAUAAUGUCAAAGGCUUAUUAUCGUAACCCAGGGCCUACGUGAUUGCUUCAUAAGCUAAUCAUGCUGCAUGGAUAAUGAUGUAUAUUUUGACAAAUUAGUAAUCUAUACUUGCAAAGACGGCAGCUUUGUAGCGACCAUGGCUCCAAUAUGUGCUCAGUGUGUUUUCACCACUUUUUUGUUUUGGACAGUGUAUUAACCUAUGAAUUAUUUGUGGAUGAUCUGAUCAGUGGCAAUGUGUGUAACUAAUACCACUGGAGGCACUGGUCUAGGCUCUUCUGCAUCUGGGUCAGAAGCGGUGGGCAGGGCGUAGCAGCAGUGUGUGUGAGUUCAUGAUCAGUCUGAGAUGUUACCUUUGACCAGGCAUUAUUUUCUGUAGUGGUUUGCUUGUGUACUCACUGUCCUGCGUUUCUCUUCCCUUUUUACACUUUGAGUCUUUGACGGUCACCCUGUUCUAUUAAUAGACCACAUGGCUGGCAAUGUCUUCCUCCUUGUCACCACUUGUUAUGGAAAGUAACUUGAACUUGGGGCCCAAAUGGCAUCGAUCACUUCCCCCCUAUCUAUACAUUUGUCAGAUGGAUUAUUCUGUUCCCCUGGCAGUUUACGCAUUCAAGUAGACCUAAUCUAUCUUGUAUUUUUAUAUUUUUCUCCACGUCAUCAUUGUUAUUUUCAUCUGUACCACGAAUUCAAACCACUACACUAGUCAAUUAACACCAGUAGUUCCCGGUCCUAUUUUUCUACUAGGCUAGACUACAGUAUAAAGGCCUACUUUGUAAUUUCACGGAUUCUUGUGACAGAGGGCUUCCAGGUGAACUGGCACUUUGUGGAGUGAAUAAAGCACGCAUAUUUACGUUACUGUCUUGUUCUUCUAUGCCUCCUGAAUGCAUAGGGCUGGGUGUCCUGCAACUAUGCACCAUCCAUGUUAUGGACCACCGGGUCACUUUCAGGCAUAUUAGUAGCCUUUCCAUUAGACCUGUUUCACACCAGAAAUAAACCACCAAUCGAUAUCAAAACUUAACUAACAUCUCUGCGUAAAUAACCUUACACCAAGG